UAAUUUUCCAAAAACCAAAAAAAUUAAUGAAUAAUUUGAUUAAAAUUAUUGAUAAUAUAAAAUUGUGAUUUUGUUUUUUUAUUGUUUGCAUUUGUCGGUUGAACAAACUUUAUGCGCACAAGUGAGUGCGCACAUCAUCCACCAGAAUAAUCACCAGUACCAGAAUUAACAACAACGACAUUUAAUAAUUAACUAACAAAAAUUAUUUUUCCUGUGAAUGUUGAUCUGCUGAUUCUAGAGUAAAAGACGCGUGUUGUCAUAAUCAAUAUCACACAAGUAAGUAAAUAAAAAAAAAAAUCGUCAAGUUGGAUCUAUCAUUUAAGAUCAUGGAGUCUGGAAACAGUUUACCCACGCCGGGUAAUUAUCCUGAUGGAGAUCGUCAACAGUUUUGUGUAUCUUGGAACUCACAUCAGUCGAAUAUGCACAAUGCGUUUCCAAAAUUACUAAGUUCCGAGCAGUUUGUUGAUGUUACAUUGGCCUGCGAUGGUGGAUCUAUCAAGUGUCACAAGGUAGUAUUGUCUGCCUGCAGUGAUUAUCUAGAGAGAUUAUUACUGGAAAUACCAUGCACGCAUCCCAUUAUUUUCUUACGGGAUAUGCGUAUGUGGGAGCUACAGGCUCUCGUUGAAUUCAUGUAUCGAGGAGAGGUUUAUGUUGAACAACAACAGCUUGCUAAAUUGAUGCAAGCUGCAGAUGUUCUUCAGAUACGUGGGUUGUCAAAUCAAGGCCGAGAUCUCAAUCAAGAAACUUCAACACCACCAAGUAUCUCAAGUACACAUUCAGAGCCAACUACUCCGAUUAAAAAAGUACCCCAAGCACCCCCCAGUAUGAAAGAUGUCAUGGAAGACGAGGAAGAUGAGGAAGAGGAUGAUGGACAAUUGCCAUCUGAUGACCCCAUAGCUUUUCUUGAAAAUUCUCCAAACGUCACAUUAAAUCCGAUAAACAAUACUUCUAUAACCGUAACUCCAACCGAUCCACCAGUCACAGAACCUUCUAAUUUUUUGACAAUCGAUCACACUGAAAAUAUUGAACACACCGAGGCACUUCAGCAUUUGGAAAAAGCACUGAGUUCCUGUGAAGCAACAAUGACUGAAACACCUGGUAUGGUUAAAAUGGAACCCGAUGAACAAUUUUUUCAACAGGACAAGCCCUAUUCAAUCAGUAUGGUACCAACGUCAAACAAUUGCAACACAACCAAUAAUAGUAACAGUAACAGUCCCUUUCCUGCUAUCGAAGGUUAUCAAAGACGACAACGACGCUCAGAAGCAGAGUUAAAGUUGGCAUCAGACAUGGUGGCCCGCGGCAAAACGUUUCAAGUAGCUUCUGAGAAAUACAACAUUCCGAUCAGCACGAUUCGCUUCUACAUGGUCCGAAAGGGGCUUUUGCAGAGGCGAAAACGGGGACGCGGCUCGACUAACAUAGGUGCGUCCAACAGUCAGCCUGGCAGCCCCGCGACUCCGCCAUUUCACAUGAUGAAUUACCGCUUGCCUGAGAGUUUAAAUUCAACUCUUCAGUAGUGGCUAACUUACGUGAAAGUGAAUAAUAAUGAUAAUAAUAAUAAUAAUAAUAAAAUGAUAAUAACUGCCGGUUGUUGUAUAUCCGGUAAAUCUAAUCAAUUUGGUAUCGUCGUGAGAAUAAUUAUUAUAAUAAUAAUAAUAAAAAUAAUUAUCAACUUCUUCCCUCAUAGUCGAUCAGCACCACAAAUAUAUCGGAGAUAAAUAUUCAUUUUUAUUAUUAUUAUUGUUAUAAUAUAUAUUAUUGUUUGAUUAAUUUGAUUAAAAAUCAUCAGUUUUGUUCUCGUUGUUGUUGGUGACAAUGAUGACGAUGACGGGCGAGAGAAUAACGAUGAUUCGGGUUUGCUUGUAACAGUCGUAGAGAUUUAAUUAAACAGACACACAACACGAUAUAAUAGUUGUGUUAAAAUAUGAUAAGAGAGUUGUAGCCAUCACCGUAAUACGACUCAAUCCCAAUUUAUAAUAGAAAAACAAUAAUAAGUUAAUGAUAAUACUUAUAAAUAUUGUAUCAUAUUGGAACUUAUUAUAUAAUCCGGCUGAUGUGAUGUAGUGAAAGACCCCUUUUUGGUUUUUAUUUCUUUGUUUUUUUUUUCUUUUUUUAUUUAAUUAGGAAUCUCUUGAAAUUGUUACAUACCGGGUGACAACUUUUAUUAUGAGAUUAUUCGUACUUGAGAUUUAUUUAAAUACAUUCCCAUGUGUGGCCUAUGUAAAAAAAAAAAGUUAUUAUUUGUCUUUUACUAUCAUCUAACGCUUAUCUCAAACGAAUAUUUAAUUACUUUGCAAAGUAUAUUUAUCAGUAAAAAAAAAAAAAAAAAAAAAAAAAAGAAAAAAGAAAAAAAAAUUAAAAUAAAAUAGCCGUGUGUAGACAAUAUUAUAUACCUUUUUACUGGUAAUAUUUAUCAGGAGUGAAUUGUUUGUUCGCAAAGACUCGCUUUUUUUUUUUUUCUUAAACAUACCCAGACCCUCCGAUGUAAAUCCGCGAUACUCAGAUAAAUAAUCAUGACGUAGUAAUAAAUGCUUUUACAUAUUAGUGUACAAAAAUGAAAAAAUAAAAAAAAAAUAAUAAAAUACUAAAAACAAAAAGAGAAAUGGACGAAAGAAAAUAAUAAACCAAGUAAAUACAUGUAGUCAUCGAGAUAACUAAUUGAG